AACUGCAUGCAUUCUUUACUUUCACUUUGAGAUAAACAAAUGGUUCGUAACCGAGUAAUGCUUCGACAAAAUUAUGAUUAUGAAAUGCGGACUGAUGAUUUUGGACCUCAGGGUACACUGUUUACCUUUACAAAGCGUUUACAAUCGAAAGCUCUCGCUUUGUCCAUGUUUGUUUUCGCAGCAGGUCUCUACAAAUCCUGUUACAGUUCGGAACAAUAUUUUUCUAAGAAUUUCAUCUGGGUCGUAGCAAUCGUCCUACCUGUACUUGCUGUUAUUCGGAGCCUAACCACUGUACAUACAGAGACACUCCUAGUCAUGUCUACUGUUGGAGUGACCAUUAAGCGCUGCACAUUGCUGGGAACCACAUCAAAAUUCUUUGACAGUAGACACAUACAAGAUAUUGUGAUACUGGAAGUUAUUUCCAUGCACAAAAUUGUAUUUCAACUUGUGGUAUUACCAAAGACACAUUCUUCUUCAAGCAGCAAAGAAAAAACGUUUCCACUUCUUUUAGGAUUCAAACCAAAGCUGUCGGACCUACAGGCAAUAUACAGGGAGACACAAGAAAAACUUCAUUUAUUGAAUAACUCAAAGAGAUGACAACUUGUUGCAUUUAUUGACAAUUUUAAUUUUAAAUAAGUAGCUUACAUGACUGUGUUCAUGAUUGAUUUUCUUGAAGAACUAGUAUGAAUCAUUGAGACCUCAUAUAUUUACAUAACUUUAGUUGUUGGUAACAUGAUAAAUUGCACAGAUAUUUUAUAUGCAGACAGGUAUGAAGCACAAAAGUAGUCCUUUUCUUAUUGAGGCUUAUACACUCAAGUUUUGUGGGCAAAUUUCCUAAUUUUAUUUACAGUACGACAUGUACUAUAAAUAUCCCUCGCUGAACUGAAAGUUUUGGGAGGGGGAUUUGGCAUUGUCCGUCUGGGUUUUUUUUAUGUCCGCAACCAUAUCUUAGUAGGCAUUGGUCAGACUAUGUUCAAACUUGGCCAGAAUGUUCCCCUUGAACCACAACUAUAUCUUAAAGUGGGUCACAUCAUGAGGUCCAAACAAGAUCACAAGGUCAUCAUAGAAAAAUCUUUGAAACAUGCUAGAGGCAUUAUAUUUAAUCCACUUUUCAUCAAACUUAAUUAGAAUGUUUCUCCUUUAUAAACUCUUGAAAAAAGGGUCACAUUUGAUAAAAAGUAAGGUCAAAAGGUCAAAUCAUAGAAUGUUUUGUCUGGAAUCAUAUCAUGGUUAUGAUCAGUCAGAUUAUGUUUAAACUUUGACAGAAUCUUACCCUUGAUAAGACUCAACACAUUUUAAAAUUGGUUCACAAUUGGGUCAAAAACUAGGUCACUAGGUCAAAUCUUGGGAACAUACUAGAGUCAUUAUAUCUGGUUCAAUAUUUAUGAAACUAAAUCAGAAUAUGUUCCUUGACAAAAUCAUUUACUAGUUUGAAACUGGGUCAUAUGAGUCAGCAUCUAGGUCACUAGGUCAAAUCUUUGAAAAAUCAUGUCUGUUGUUUAACCAACAUUUGAUUUCCAACCCAUCUACUUUUUCUAAACAGGCAGGGGAUAUCAAUGAAUUAUCUUGUUCUUUAGCAUAUGAUGUUGCUUGUUUUGAGUGUAAUGUAACCAUUGCAUAUUUCUUUCAGUUACACACGCCAUGUUCUCACUAGCAGAAUGUUGGCCUGAACUUUAAUAGAAACCAAUGUAUUUUUUAUUAACAUACUUGUUAUUAGUACAUGUCAAACAGCUUAACAAUACACAUGUAUCAGGCUUAAAUUGAUCAUCAGGGAAUGCAAGCUAUCAUUGACAUAUGUAGUAUGUGCUUUUACUGUUUUAUACUUUUCUACAUCACAUAUAACAUGUAUAUUGAGAUUUGUAUUCUUUAUCUGCAAUUAUGCCAUUCCUUUGAUUUCUUUAAUUAUCUGUUUUUCAUAUAGUGAAAUAAGAAUGAUGUACAUUGUUGUUUGGACAGGAAGGAGGGCAAGCGCGAAAGAAGUUUCAAACCCACCUAUGAUACGGAAUAAUUUUAAUAAGGGUUAACAUAUAGUGACCGAACUUAGUAUAUGGAAAGAGUUUAUAGUGACCUUUUAUGCGAUUGCAUUUUCAGCCCCUUGGUCAAGGUCACUGUUACUAAAAAUAGAUAAAUGGUUGAAACUGAACAUCUUUAGUUUGGGUUGACAGUGUGUGACCAAACUUGGUUUAUAGAAAGAGCUUAUAGAGACCUUUCACUGGAUUAAAUUUUUGACCUUUAGGAUCAAGGUCUAAGUAACAGUUACUAAAGAAGAAAAACAGUUUAAACUGAACAGUUAGUUACAGUUCAUUUAUUAUAACUAUUCCUUGUAACUAUUCGUAAAAUACAGAGUCAUAUUUUACUGUCAAUCAUUAAAGACCUGCUUUCGGCGCAUUGCAGCAUUUCUUGUAUUUUUACGUAAGGCAGAUUGUGAAAGCAUUUUAUUUUUGUUGUAUGAAUACUUUAUUUUAUUUUGUUAGAUGUAUAAAAUAGCAAAUC